CGUGUGUAUACUGUAUACAUACACACAUACAUACAUAUAUAUAUAUAUAUAUCCUGUGUCUAUCCUACUUGUUAUCAUCGACACAUUACCAUUCUCUGUUUGUUCCAGAAAGAGAAAUACAAUAUGGAUAGGGAUAGCCAUAAUACUCCGCCGCCGGAGCUCCAUAUAGACAACCUCCGUGCCAUCAAAGUACUCGGCAAAGGUGCCACCGGAACAGUAUUCCUCGUCUACGACAACUCCCGCCACCAACCCUUCGCCCUCAAGGUGGUGGAGAAGUCAUCAUCCCUCCAUCACCACGCCGACCGCCGAGCCCGCCACGAAAUCUCCGUCCUCAGCCGUCUCUCCGCUGCCGCCUCUCACCCCUUUCUGCCCCACCUCAUUGGAUCCUCGGAGACUCAAGAGUUCAUUUACUGGGCCAUCCCCUUCUGCCCAGGCGGUGACCUCAACGUGCUCCGCUACCGCCAAAACGACCACGUUUUCUCUCCGGCAGUCAUUCGCUUCUACUUGGCUGAAAUCAUCUGCGCUCUCCAACACCUCCAUGAGCGAGGCAUUGUUUACAGAGACCUCAAGCCGGAAAACAUCCUCGUGCAACAGUCUGGUCAUGUGACGCUGACGGACUUCGACUUGUCACGUGACUUGGUCCCGAGAAAAUCCGGUUAUCCGAACUUUCAUUCCGAUCCUGAGGAAGAAAAGCCGGUGAAGCAUCCGCCGAUGAAUAGAAAGAUCACGCGCUUCGUAGUUCCAAAAAGAGGAGGAGGAAACCACGCUUUCCACAACAAGAAGGGGUUGAAGAAAGCAAAAAGCGCACGUGUUUCUCCCGUUAGCCGGAGAAAUCCCAACGAUUUUUCAACAAACGAGCGCUCGAAUUCUUUCGUGGGCACUGAGGAAUACGUGGCUCCGGAGGUUAUACGAGGUGAUGGUCAUGAAUUCGCCGUCGACUGGUGGGCUCUAGGAGUUCUAUGCUACGAAAUGCUGUACGGGACGACACCGUUUAAGGGGAAGAAUCGGAAGGAGACGUUCAGGAAAAUACUAUUGGCGGAGCCAGAAUUCAUCGGAAAACCCAAUGCACUAACAGACUUGAUAGGGAAGUUGCUGGACAAGGACCCAACGCGCCGCCUGGGGUACCGCAGGGGCGCGUCCGAGAUUAAGGAGCACGAGUUCUUCCGGGGGUUGAGGUGGGAUUUGCUGACGGAAGUUUUACGGCCGCCGUUCUUGCCGUCAAGGGACGACAUCGAGAUUACGGAGGGUGGGAUUGAUAUACGGGAGUACUUUCAGAAGCUAAAGCUGCCGGCUUCGCCGCUGUGGUCGCCGUCGCUUGAUGAAUGUCGAAAUAACGUCUCAUUACCGGAGUUCUGACGCACGUGUAAAGGGUCUGAUCUAAUCUUUUUUCAAGUUUAAUCUAAUUACUCAGAUGAUUGUAAAUAAAAUAAGGAUAGGAGUUGAAGAUCGGCGUUAAUCAAUCAAGAUUAUUAGGUCUCAGUUAUUAAGAGAUACAGAUCUGUAAUCAUAACUGAUCGGUAUACGCGCAACACGCCGGCGCGUGGUAUACACUAGCCACCGUAUGGGAAUAAAAAAGCUGCUUGAAAUCAUAGGCCAAGAUUUUUGGGCGCUUUCGAAUUUUUCAUUCUGUA